CGCGCGGCAGAGCGUCAUUCAGCAGCGGCCGCGAGAUGAAAUCGUAAUGAUGACAGGAGUGAUUUUAGUCUUAUUUAACCUGUUAAUAAAUGGUGCAUCAUGAGUUUAUGUUGAGAUAAAGUUUGACUUGUAUCAUAAUCAUCGACUGAGGAAGCCGUAGAGCGCGGAAUAUCGAUCCCUGAUCGGUUAUUAAUAAUUAUGCCGCCCAUCGAGAAAGACGCGGGUCGCGAGCGGAUCCGAUCGAAGAUCAAAGAGCUGAUCGAUGCUAAUCAGGUGCUCGUGUUCAGUAAGAGCUACUGUCCCUUCUGCGUACAGGUGAAGGACCUCUUUAAAGAGCUGAAUGUCAAGUGUAAUGCCAUCGAGCUGGAUCUGAUGGAGGACGGGACCAACUACCAGGACAUGCUGCAUGAGAUGACGGGGCAGAAAACAGUCCCCAGCGUCUUCAUCAACAAGAAACACGUCGGAGGCUGUGACAGCACCAUGAAGGCUCACAGGGAUGGCGUCCUGCAGAAGCUGCUGGGUGAAGACAGCGAGGCGUACGAGUAUGAUCUGAUCGUGAUCGGCGGUGGUUCUGGGGGUCUGGCCUGCUCAAAGGAAGCAGCUUCCUUGGGGAAGAAGGUCAUGGUUCUGGAUUAUGUUGUUCCCACUCCGAAGGGCACAAGCUGGGGUCUGGGUGGCACGUGUGUGAACGUGGGCUGUAUUCCCAAGAAACUGAUGCAUCAGACGGCUCUGCUGGGGACCGCCAUGGAGGACGCACGCAAGUUCGGCUGGGAGUUCAGUGAUCAGGUGAGUCACAACUGGGAGACGAUGAGGACUGCGGUGAAUAACUACAUCGGUUCACUGAACUGGGGCUACAGGGUUUCUCUACGAGAUAAAAACGUCAAUUACGUUAACGCCUACGCUGAGUUUGUGGAGCCGCACAAGAUAAAGGCCACAAACAAGCGCAGUAAAGAGAUGUUCUACACUGCUGCUAAGUUUGUGCUGGCGACGGGAGAGAGACCUCGUUAUCUGGGCAUCCCAGGAGACAAAGAGUACUGCAUCACCAGCGAUGACCUGUUCUCGUUGCCCUACUGUCCCGGGAAGACUCUGGUCAUCGGGGCGUCGUAUGUGGCUCUGGAGUGCGGGGGGUUUCUGGCCGGUUUGGGGCUGGACGUGACCAUCAUGGUGCGCUCUAUUCUCCUGCGAGGAUUCGAUCAGGACAUGGCCAACCGUGCGGGAGAUCACAUGGAGACACACGGAGUCAAAUUCCUCAGGAAGUUUGUUCCUACCAAGAUCGAGCAGCUGGAAGCUGGAACUCCAGGCCGACUUAAAGUGACGGCCAAAUCAACCGAGGGUGAUGAAGUGUGUGAAGGAGAAUACAAUACUGUGUUGAUCGCAGUCGGUCGAGACGCCUGUACAGGAAAGAUUGGUCUGGACAAAGCUGGAGUCAAAGUCAAUGCCAAGAACGGGAAGAUCCCGGUGAACGAUGAGGAGCAGACCAGUGUUCCUCACAUCUAUGCUAUUGGAGACAUCCUGGAGGGGAAGUGGGAGCUGACUCCUGUGGCCAUACAGGCCGGGAAGCUGCUGGCUCGCCGACUGUUCGCUGGAGCAUCUCUGAAGUGUGAUUAUCUGAACGUUCCCACCACGGUCUUCACUCCGAUGGAGUACGGCAGCUGUGGUUAUCCGGAGGAGAAGGCCGUCGAGAUCUACGGAGAGGAGAACCUCGAGAUCUAUCACAGUCUGUUCUGGCCUCUGGAGUUCACCGUUCCCAACCGGGACAACAACCGGUGCUACGCCAAGAUCAUCUGCAAUAAACUGGACAACGAUCGUGUGAUUGGCUUCCACUAUCUGGGUCCUAACGCUGGAGAGGUCACUCAGGGCUUCGGAGCCGCCAUGAAAUGUGGAAUCACCAAAGACCAGCUGGACAACACCAUCGGGAUUCACCCGACGUGUGCUGAGAUCUUCACCACCAUGGAGGUCACCAAGCGCUCGGGCAGAGACAUCACUCAAUCCGGCUGCUGAGGUUAAACCCUGCUCGUUUAACAGGCUGUCAGGACUAGUGUAAACUGGUUUAUUCUAGUGAUUUAUCCCUCUACCCUUGGCAUAAACGCACUCGAGUCUCUUGAAUUAAUCUCAGGUCAUUAAAACUCAUCAGAAGUCGUGUGAUCACGAUCCGCCCUGCUCUUAAAGGCCUUUGUGUCUCGCUGUUGUUCACCGUUUGCAUCACCUUUAACAAACCAUGUGAGGGGUGUGUGGUGGGCGGAGUCUGUGACACGACAGCCCUUCAGAGGCGGGGCUUCUCUUGGCUAGAGACCAGUGAUUGGGGGAGGGGAUGAUGAUUGACAGCCUGUUAGACAGCGGGGUUACUCUGCUUUAACUGAUUGUCCGAGUCAGAAAUGCACCACAGGCGUCUGUGCUUUACUUUUUUUUUUUUUUUUCACCUUAUAAACUCGUGCAUUCGUGUUUGGUGCUCGGUGACGUUUUAACCCUUAACCCACGUUCAGUGGCGGGUUAUGACUGAAGUUUUCUGCACUUGGACUUUAAA